AUGAAUAAUAAUAUUUGUUAUUUUAUUUCAUCAGGUCUUCUUGUUGAACUUCUAAAAAAAAUGAUCAAAUCAUCUAACGGGAUUCAUUACAAGAGAAAUAACAAUCCAAAAAAUACCACUCAAGACUUUCAAAACCCCUUUGUGCUUUCCCAAUCAAACAGCACAAAAAAUACGACUGUUGUCAUGCCAGUCAUGUUAAAAAAGAACAUCCGAGAUGACGGCGGGGACCCGUGCCAGAUAAAGGUUCAUCACUCUAAAGGACCAGUUUAUAUUGUGAAAAGAAACGUAAUGAAACCUUUGACACAACUUGGUCGCUCUUUUAUUAAUGGAGGACAGAUCAUUGGUUUGACCCUCAUUCUGACUGUUAUAUCUGGCGUCUUCAUGUGGAUACUGGUAUGUAUUCAGUGCUAUGCUUAAUGCACAUAGAAAUAAAUAACGCAUUAAUAAGGCGGUUCAAAUAUACACUGGAUUUCAGAUCCCUCAGGAAACCAGUUAGUUUCGUUUUCCGAGAGUCCUGACGGUUUCCCGAGACGAAGUCGAGGGAAACAUCAGGACUCGAGGGAAAACAAAACUAACUGGUUUCCCGAGGGACCUGACAUUAAUUAAGUAUUUUGUUGUGUUUCUAGACUUUCACUUUAACAGUAACAAAAGAAUAACCUGCUCAACCUUAGCCAACCAAAACAGUCGACUCGGUACUUAUAACAACACAAAUUUAAUUCUCAAAAUCACUGUAUGAAUGAUUUACAAUUUUGAAAGUACUUUCCUUAUAUUAUCUGCAUCUUUUUCCUCCACUAGCUGUUGUUAAAAGUCGUUGCUUUUUAACUUGAGCCUUCAUGUUUGUGUUGUAGUGUUCAUUCACGAAAGAGAAAACUGGCAGUGUUUUUCCCGCCUUCUGUCACGCCACUUAAUUUCCACCAUGCUUGGAUCACGUGCUGCAAUGUAUCCCUAGCGGGGUUAGCGGGGUACAUUGCUUAAUGUAUCACGAUCGGGAUACAUUUGAUUUUGGUCAAGGCCACGUGACCAAGAAUCAACCAAUUGCAGUCCCUGUUAAGCUGAGUGAAAGUCUAGGAAUAUUAUCGGGCAAUAAAUGAUAUUUUCUGGUCAAUCAGGUAACUAUCAAAAGCUACCGUUUGUUUCAGUACUAAAGAGUCAAGAGGCUAAGGUGCUCUCUGAUCUUCUUGUAAACUUUGGAACGAUUUCGUCCCUGAAAAUCCCAUCUCGAUUGGCGCAACCCCUGAGUCUACGAGGAUGGGAAGAGAGCUGUAGAACUUAAAAAUAAACAAAAUAAGUAAAAGGGCGCAAACUAUGUCACUGACGAAACAACUAGACUACUGAAAAAGAUUCAUAAGGCAAUUGUUAAAAUCCAGAAUCUCCGGCUGUCUUUAUGUUAUGACUAAUGAAUUGUCUUCAGUCGUUUCUCAUACGUUUUCCUGGUAGCGCCAUUAGGCUGAUUUAGCAACAGGACGGGAACGUCAGUUGACGACGGGAAAGCGCGCGGAAAGGACAAAACACGACUUCCGGUGCCCAAUUUGCCGCUCUGCUAUUGGUCAAGCCAGUUGUUUAAUUUGCGCGUUCCGUCGUCAACUGACGUUCCCGUUCUGUUGCUAGAUCAGCCUAUUAUCUUUACUUGGCCACAGAAUAGAGCCGGCGGACAGCUUGUUCUCAGCUGACAAAAGUAUUGUCAAUUCAAUACAUUGAGAUAUUGUGUUAGCUUUGUAUACAAAAGUGCAGCAAAUUAUGCCCAUUUUUUUGCAGGAUCGGCGUAAGAAUCCGAUAGAUUUUCCGCCUUCCUUUAUAAAAGGUGCUUGGCAAGGAUUCUGGUGGGCUUUCGUUACCAUGACAACUGUUGGGUAAGUAAAAGUUCAAUUACUUGUGAAAAGUGUGAGGGCCACCAAACCCGAGACAUCUCAGCUUCUCUCAAAUUACCCGAAACAGGUGAUAGGUAAAAUAAAGAUCGAUAAAGACAAAUGUAGAGAAUUACAUUGGCAUAAUCCAAUGUUUCAAACAUCUUCCGGGCCUUAAAUAUGCAAUGAAUACGAUGAAUGUUACUGAGGUACGUGACAGGCCUCUUUGUACAAACACUGGUUGUUUACCAUUUACAUGGUCAAACCGGUCGCUUCACGGUUUGGGUAAAUGGUUCGCAAAGUUCAGGACUAAUAAAUUUCGUCCCGGAAUCGCGUUUAACAUUGGUACAAAUCAGUUCAAUUUACCGAAAAACGAAGGCCUGAAACUGGUAUCAAAAAAAAGAUGGCUUUGAAGAAAUGGAACACGAAUUUCCGUCUGGAAUAUUCCAUCCGGAAAAAUAGGACUACCUUUUCAGAUGUUCCGUUGCUCUCGGGAAUUUUCCGUUGGGAAGCGGACCCAAAAAGUCGUGUUCCAUUUACUCCAGUUCCAACCGGAUUUCCCGAAAAAUUUUUGUAAAUGGUAAACAACCACUGUAACUUUUUGGGUUUGUUGUAGCUAUGGCGACACUGCACCUAAGUCCUUUCCAGCUCGGUUGUACAGCAUCUUGUGGAUGUUAUUAGGAAUGGUGGCAUUUUCUGUGCUCACAGCCAACUUUACCAGCUCAUUGACUCAUGAGAUUGAAGAAGACUUGAAUCUCUUCGGUCGCACAGUAAGUAAAUCAUUGACUCCGCCUUAAACCAGUAUAGGAUUCUGUGGUGUUGCUCGGAAGCUUUGAUCAUAUCAACAAGAAAUUUUGCUAAUUCUUGACUCUGUUCUCUGAUUUUAUAACACUCUCUAUUGAAUCUUUCCCGUUUUUUAUAGAUUUUAGUGAAACAAGCUUAAUUUCAGUGACAAGGUAUAUCGGAAGUCUUAUUACUGAGCUUAAUUAGAAAAGUCGGCAAAGAAAUUUUAAAACUUGCGAUUUGUUUUUUUUAUAUGCCGGUAGGUUGCUGUAUUAAAUGGAAGUUUGGCAAAGCAAGCUGCAGUGUCAGAGGGAUCAAAAUAUGAAGGUAAGUUUGGAAAACAAACAAAAAGCACGAAAAUAGCCUAAACAUUUUGAAAUAAAGCAAUGUAUAGCAAUUUACGAAAUUAUGCCACCUUGUUAAACGUUGUAUACUAUUUUUCAAAAGCCUUAGCUUAUAAAGCCUCAUAACAAACAACUGAGCUUUUUAAUAUCUCUGUGGGAAACUUUGCAGCCUCAUUUAAAAUAAUGACGAUUGUUCUUCAGUGAAAACUUUUCUUUUUAGAUAUCCUUAGUUAGAUAUCACCCUAAGCUACUUAGCAACCAGUGGCGGACUCGUAGUCGUAAAGUGGCCCACGCAUUUCUCGAUUGAAUUGUAAAUUACAUAAGUCCCAAAACUUAGAAAACUUAAAUAAGUCCAGAAUAUAUUUACCGGGGAGUAGACAUCCUCGGAGACCCAGGGGCAGUCGGUCGAGCCGGGCCUUUUCUCCCGGCUCGACUGACUGCCCCUGGGUCUCCGAGGAUGGGGAGUAGAAUGAAGAAACUAACCCCUAUAGCUAGUAUAGUACAAAAAGAAAAAAAAGCAUGGCAGAGUUUGAUCAAGCACAUAAUCGCUCCAGUGCUAUUUUAAUUUAUAAUCAUUAACAUUCAUUCAAAAUAUUUUUACGUUUCUGAUUGGCUUUACAAUCUACUGCCAAAUUCUUUGUAGCUUGCUAAUUUUCGCCAGAUUUGGAAGAUGUUUGCCGAUAUCAAUGAGAUCGAAGAAAAAAAAAUACCCCUCGCUUUCGACCACUGCUAUAACAGGAAUUUUGCUGCUAGAAUAAAAACUGAAACCGACAAGUGAAAAUCAAGUGUUUUGAAGACGGGAACUUUUGAGACAAGUGUGUUUUGAGCUAGGAAAGUAUUUAAAAUAAAUAUUAAAACAAUGAUCGAAUUCGGUUUUCGUACAAUAUGCAUGGAGAAUCAUAGAGAUAAUCAUAUAGGAUGUUUUCUGUAUAAUUCUUCAUAUCAGUACUUAACUUAGCCCCAUCAAAUAAUAAUAUUGGUUAUAGAAGGAUGGUUUUUGCUUUGACGUAAAGCAAGCUUGAUCUUACGCAGUUUAUACCAGACCAAGACCUCCAAAAUUGGGGCACAUUUGGCUACUGCCCCGCCAAAUAGAAACAUAUUCACCUGGAUAGUUAGAAGAUCUUUAAGUGUAAUAUCACACAAAACGGAACUAAAAUUUAAUUUGCUUUGCGGGAAAUUCCCAAACUCUCUCGUUUUAAAAUGAUAACUUGAUUUAGUUUUUUAAAUAUUUUUAUUGAUAUUAAUGGAAUUGAUGGUAGCCCUCUCCUCUCAAAAGUAAAAUUAAAUAUUGGAGUGAUACCUUCACACUAGAAAGUUUUUUUAAUGACCCACACUUCCCCUCAAUAAAUAAAAAGUGGUGCCCAAUCUUAUGGGGGACGGGAAGCUUGAUCCGUCCGCCACUGUGUCUUUUUGUCAGCACAGACGACGUCACUCAUUUUUAGCUUGCUCUUCGCCACAAGCAGCCCAAUAAUAAAACAUGCUAAACUUCUAAAUUUAAGUCGUCUUUUGUUUUGUUUCAGCAUUCAACAACGUUGAAGACAUGAUUGUAUCUCUGACUGGGGGAACAGUUGUGAAGGGUUUACUGUUAGAUAGACACGUGGCUGUAUCGAAUAUGGGGAAAUUCCGAGAGAAUUCACUGGAAAUUGGACGAACCCUGGAUUAUGAUUACUACAUCGGGCUGUGCGUCCGACCUCCUUACAACUCAACGGUCUGUGAAACUAUGAAGAAAUGCGUUCAAGACAUUGUACAAAGCGAGGCAUUUGAACUGGAAGCUUUAAAGGUCUGUAAUGAACUUUUUUAAACAACGAUCAUAAUUUAACAAUUAAUGAAUGAGGCUGAGUAUCUGAUGAAGAAUCAGGAUGGAGACCGAGGAGGGUGUUAUCUGUCGAGGCCGUAGGCCGAGGCGGAUAACACCCUCCGAGAUCUCCAUAAUUCUUCAUAUGAUACGAAAGCCGCAUUCAAUAAUUGUUUUAUUAUUCAGUCAAAAUAAUUCCUAGUUUAAAAAAACAUGUCUAAAACAUGCUUACCUCCAUCGAUCCAUCGAUGUUAAGUUCAUCUUCGAUAGAGCACGUUUAGGUUUGUCCAGCUCCGCAGAUAUUCUCCAAAUAGCAGAUGUCGCCCUUCGAGUUGUCUUCUUGCUGUUCUUGCCAUGUUUUUAGUUAUUUUUUCGCCUAGUUCUUACUCUUGAAACGAGUGAAAUGUCCGCCAUUUUGUCAAGUUCACAACCAAAACAACUCAACCUCGUCCCUAGGUCUUCUCGGUUAACGGUGUCUUAACCUGCACGAACGCUGCAUUUUUGACGUCAUUUCCUCGUUAAACGCAAAAUUUUCCAAAUUUGGUCAUCAGAAACUGGUUAUGGUGAAUUAUGCGUGUGCUUUUAGCCAAUCAGAAUAGGGGAAAUAUUUUGAAUGAAUAAUAAUUAACAGUUAAUGAAUGAGGCUGAGUAUCUUAUGAAGAAUUAUGGAGAUCGAGUAUGGAGCGUUAUAAUAAUUUAAUAAUAAUUUACCAAUUUAUAUAGCGCGUAUUUACAUUUGCUGAUCAAUAGCGUUUUACAAUCAUAUGUUUAAAAGAAAACGAAAAUACAUUACCGUGAGAAUAAAAUAAACUAAGUUACAAACUAUAAAAAUACUUUUUAAAAAGAUAGGUUUUAAGUCGAGAUUUAAAACUGUUAAGUGAUGUUACUGCACCUAAGUCCUUUCCAGCUCGGUUGUACAGCAUCUUGUGGAUGUUAUUAGGAAUGGUGGCAUUUUCUGUGCUCACAGCCAACUUUACCAGCUCAUUGACUCAUGAGAUUGAAGAAGACUUGAAUCUCUUCGGUCGCACAGUAAGUAAAUCAUUGACUCCGCCUUAAACCAGUAUAGGAUUCUGUGGUGUUGCUCGGAAGCUUUGAUCAUAUCAACAAGAAAUUUUGCUAAUUCUUGACUCUGUUCUCUGAUUUUAUAACACUCUCUAUUGAAUCUUUCCCGUUUUUUAUAGAUUUUAGUGAAACAAGCUUAAUUUCAGUGACAAGGUAUAUCGGAAGUCUUAUUACUGAGCUUAAUUAGAAAAGUCGGCAAAGAAAUUUUAAAACUUGCGAUUUGUUUUUUUUAUAUGCCGGUAGGUUGCUGUAUUAAAUGGAAGUUUGGCAAAGCAAGCUGCAGUGUCAGAGGGAUCAAAAUAUGAAGGUAAGUUUGGAAAACAAACAAAAAGCACGAAAAUAGCCUAAACAUUUUGAAAUAAAGCAAUGUAUAGCAAUUUACGAAAUUAUGCCACCUUGUUAAACGUUGUAUACUAUUUUUCAAAAGCCUUAGCUUAUAAAGCCUCAUAACAAACAACUGAGCUUUUUAAUAUCUCUGUGGGAAACUUUGCAGCCUCAUUUAAAAUAAUGACGAUUGUUCUUCAGUGAAAACUUUUCUUUUUAGAUAUCCUUAGUUAGAUAUCACCCUAAGCUACUUAGCAACCAGUGGCGGACUCGUAGUCGUAAAGUGGCCCACGCAUUUCUCGAUUGAAUUGUAAAUUACAUAAGUCCCAAAACUUAGAAAACUUAAAUAAGUCCAGAAUAUAUUUACCGGGGAGUAGACAUCCUCGGAGACCCAGGGGCAGUCGGUCGAGCCGGGCCUUUUCUCCCGGCUCGACUGACUGCCCCUGGGUCUCCGAGGAUGGGGAGUAGAAUGAAGAAACUAACCCCUAUAGCUAGUAUAGUACAAAAAGAAAAAAAAGCAUGGCAGAGUUUGAUCAAGCACAUAAUCGCUCCAGUGCUAUUUUAAUUUAUAAUCAUUAACAUUCAUUCAAAAUAUUUUUACGUUUCUGAUUGGCUUUACAAUCUACUGCCAAAUUCUUUGUAGCUUGCUAAUUUUCGCCAGAUUUGGAAGAUGUUUGCCGAUAUCAAUGAGAUCGAAGAAAAAAAAAUACCCCUCGCUUUCGACCACUGCUAUAACAGGAAUUUUGCUGCUAGAAUAAAAACUGAAACCGACAAGUGAAAAUCAAGUGUUUUGAAGACGGGAACUUUUGAGACAAGUGUGUUUUGAGCUAGGAAAGUAUUUAAAAUAAAUAUUAAAACAAUGAUCGAAUUCGGUUUUCGUACAAUAUGCAUGGAGAAUCAUAGAGAUAAUCAUAUAGGAUGUUUUCUGUAUAAUUCUUCAUAUCAGUACUUAACUUAGCCCCAUCAAAUAAUAAUAUUGGUUAUAGAAGGAUGGUUUUUGCUUUGACGUAAAGCAAGCUUGAUCUUACGCAGUUUAUACCAGACCAAGACCUCCAAAAUUGGGGCACAUUUGGCUACUGCCCCGCCAAAUAGAAACAUAUUCACCUGGAUAGUUAGAAGAUCUUUAAGUGUAAUAUCACACAAAACGGAACUAAAAUUUAAUUUGCUUUGCGGGAAAUUCCCAAACUCUCUCGUUUUAAAAUGAUAACUUGAUUUAGUUUUUUAAAUAUUUUUAUUGAUAUUAAUGGAAUUGAUGGUAGCCCUCUCCUCUCAAAAGUAAAAUUAAAUAUUGGAGUGAUACCUUCACACUAGAAAGUUUUUUUAAUGACCCACACUUCCCCUCAAUAAA